AUGGCUCAGGCCGAAGUCCCCAGGUUCCCUUUCAACCGCGCCUCCGGCCCCGAGCCGCCCGCCGAAUUUGCUAGGCUUCGCAAGACAGCGCCGGUUUCCAAGGUUAAGCUGUUCAAUGAUGCCGAGGCAUGGCUUGUGACCAAGUAUCACGAUGUCUGCAAGGUCGCGACCGAUCAGCGAUUGUCCAAGCAACGGACGAGACCUGGAUUCCCAGAGCUGUCGGCUGGAGGUGUGGCUGCUGCCAAGAAUAAGCCUACCUUUGUCGAUAUGGAUGCCCCAGACCACAUGCACCAGAGGAGCAUGGUCGAACCCAUUUUCACCAAGGAGCACGUUGAAUCGUUGAAGCCCUAUAUCCAGUCGACUACCAAUCAGUUGCUCGAUGCAAUGAUCAAGGGCGGCUGUGCCAAGCCCGUUGAUCUUGUCGAGAAGUUUGCUCUGCCACUGCCUUCAUAUGUCAUCUACACAAUCCUCGGCGUUCCGUUUGAAGAUCUCGCCUACCUCACGACCCAGAACGCCAUUCGCACCAACGGCAGCUCCACUGCCCUCGAGGCCGCCAACGCGAACAAGGAGCUCCUCGACUACCUCGAAAACCUCGUCGAACUCCGUAGCGUUGAACCCAAAGACGAUCUUAUCAGCAAGCUCGUCGUUGAGCAGCUCAAGACCGGCGAGAUCGAAAAGUCCGACGCCGUCCAAAUCGCCUUCCUCCUCCUCGUUGCUGGAAAUGCCACCAUGGUGAAUAUGAUUGCGCUGGGUGUCGUGGAGCUGUUGAAGCACCCGGAUCAGCUCAAGGAGCUCAUCUCCAAGCCUGCGCUCGCCAAGGAAUUCGUCAAUGAGCUUUGCAGGUACCACACAGCUUCUGCUAUGGCGAUGAAGCGCGUCGCCAAGGUGGAUAUCGAACUCGGCGGACAGCACAUCAAGGCUGGCGAGGGCAUCAUCGCCUCGAACCAGUCUGCCAACCGCGACGAGGACGUGUUCCCCAACCCGGACGUCUUCGACAUGCACCGAGAGUUCAAGGUCGAUGGACUGGGCUACGGAUAUGGCCCCCACAGGUGUAUCGCCGAGCAUCUUGCCCGCGCUGAGCUCGAGGCUGUUUUCAGCACACUCUUCCAAAGACUACCUAACCUCCGUCUCGGUGUUCCGUUUGACCAGGUCGCGUAUAGCCCGCUCAGCAAGGAUGUUGGCAUCACGGAGUUGCCCGUUGUUUGGUAA